AUAGGUGGCGAUAACUGGUGGAACGCUACAGAUAGAGGCUCUCUCAGAAGGCAUAAACAACCUUACAGUAUCCAGAAAGGACUGUGGUGCUAGCCGUGUUACUCCUAACAAAGCUAAACCCGAAAACAGACUGGUGCUGUACAUACGGGAAACAACACUGUGAGCAGCCUCUUCUAACAUGGGACAAUUAAUAGCCAAAGCACGGAGUACAACCGGCGCACUCAGAAACCUCCUAAGGAUAAGGAAAGUGGGCCCUCUGGACUCCACUGUCCUCUUCGGGGCCAGCAUCCUGCUGGCAGCUACCCGGACCAAGGAGUACCUGCUGUUUCAGGACCCUGAGAAUAAGUUUGUCCCCAGCCCUAGCACCCUGGAUGAGAUCUUCCUGAUGAACUACAUCUCCCAGAGUGUGCUGCUGCAGAUCACCGACACGGUAAACUGCACCGCCAUGACCAAAGAGCAGAAGAUCUUGCUGGGCACCGACUGGGUGUGGGCGGUCAUCGAAGAGCCGAACAAGAACCCCAAGAUCCAGGUGGCUGUGCAGGUCCUGCACCCAUCAGACGUGGCAGAGGAGGGAGAAGAAGAAUCCCCCCCGGAGGCUUUCACCGAGGCCAUGGAGAUGGCCCACAUGGAGUCGGCCGACAAGACCAAGGCCGAACGGAUGAUCGAGUUCUGCUCCUCCAUCGGCCAGGACUGCUACGCCCUCUUCCUCUUCUUAGGCCGCCAGAGCGACCCCGGGAACAUCUACGGUGUGCUCAGUAACAACUUCCACGCUGCCGUCGGUAAGUGUGCCAGGAUCGACCCGGCUUUCAUCGAGAACUUCUUCAAGGGGUCAAAGUCGUUCUCCACGCCGGCUGGCAUGCUGGAGACCAUCAUGCAGAGGACACAAGACGAGCCUCUGACACUGACCAUCAAGUUUACUUGACUCUGAUUCUGUCUCCACUCCAGGCCUGGGAGACACCAUGUGUCCGCUGGUCUGUUGGAGGCAAGUCCGUGUUAGCAGAUAAACCAAGUUGUUUAUUUUGUUAGUAUAUUAGCUAAUUUAGGGUGGCUUUCAAUUAUUCUUGGCACUGUCAAACAACUGAUCAUACUGAAUGUUAAACCAUUUUUUCUUGUCAGAGAACUCAAAUGCAAAAAACUUGAAUCUCUCUUUGGACAAGCAGGGCUCAUGAAAACACCCAUAUAGUCACUUUUAAAAAAAAUUGGCUGAAGUGAAACUAUUUAUAAAGCACCUUUUCAUUCCAGUAAACAAGAAAGAAAACCCAGCAAGUAAAAAUAAAAAUAAAACUCGAUCAAAUGAGUGCUCAACUGAAACAGCAAACCUGCCACACACAGUCUGGGUCCCACCAGGUACAGGGUUGAGGGACACAUUUAACCCCUUUAUCUUAAAGGAAUCUGAUAGUUUUCAUUGAUCUGAUGUACACCCAUUUGUAUGUCCACACAAACGUCACUGUGACCAAAAUGUGUUUGUGGAACAUUAAAACUGGUGAGGUUUUGGUGAAGACAGAGUGCAAUAGUUGUAGCUUCAUCCAAAUACCUGUAACAAAUAAUAUAGUUUACAAUGCAUACUAAAUGUUUAUUUUUAUUUUUUAUUAACACAGUAAAUGUAUUCCCUUCAUGAGACAGAAAAGAUUAUGACUAUUACUGAGCAAGAGAUAAUCCACGUCAAUGCAAAUUUGGGGAGGGUUUUAAUCAAAUGCAACCAAAACUCUGCAAGUAUGUCUACUAAUUCAUCUAUGGUAGCAAGGACAGUGUUUUACUUUGUUCAUCAGUUCCAGAUGGGAUCUUGCAAGUCUUUAAACUUCAGCUCCACUUGGUGGAGAUCGCUGCUUUGCAGGUUUGUGACCUCUCACAAGGAUCAGGGAGAAGAUGCCAAAUUCCAGGAGACUCUCAGAGAUUCUGGGAGAGGUGGGAAGCUUGUGCCCUGCAAUUAUUUUACAGCAGUACAUUCCAAGGAGUCACCAAUAAAUUGCAGUAUAUAGAGCCUGACGACUUUUAAGAUAAAGAAAUGGACAUUGAAUGGUUUUGCAUUCAUCCAAUAUGGAAGACAUGAAAAUGAUAACUCAGGCUUUAAAUAUUGACUACUUCAAACCUUGAACACUGUGGGGACUGUUGGCUUUGCUUUUAUUUUUAUUUUCUCAUUUUUUAAUUAAUAUAUUAAUUGCAAUCAUUAUUUUGGUCGAAAGACAACUGAUUGGGUCUACAAGAUGGAGAGUCUGUUAGUCAUUAUAGUAGAACUCAAAAGCCUGCUGGACCCCAACUUUCUAAGCCUGGAAUUGCCUCUCUCCAUUCUGUCACGGUUUUCGCCUGAGGAAGGCUCCAUUUGUAGCAGGGAGAAGUUAGGCAGACACAUGUAUUGGCUCAUGGGAGGCGAGCCGCAUGUGACAUUAAGGACGUCACAUACCAGAGGCCGUCCACAAUUCCUGUAGGCAACUGUAUUCCCGCUUUGCAAGGAGAGACGCCAUUACUGGUUUUUAAACAUUUUAAAACCGAUUAAGAAUGGACUGUGCAAUACAACUGCGUAUGAACUGACUAAGGGCCUCACCCCUUUCAUCUCAUUGUGAAAUAAAGACCUGAACUGUGUGAGAGUGUGGCACUAUACUGACAGCUCCAGUGGAACCUCCCAGUUUCAGCUUGGGGGUAGAAGGCAAAACAGACACAAAAUAUAUAUUUGCACAAGAGGGUGGGCAAAAGAAGAGAUAUUUUAUCCCACAUGUCGAUGCCUCUGACCUCCUGUAACCCAGUAUCAGCAGAAGUUUGUGUCACAGAACUGGCAAAAAAAAAAAACAGGCUGAACAAACAGUAGUUAUUCAAACUGUAUAUUAUAACGUUAAACCUGUUGUGCAACAAACAAACAUAAUAAUGAAUAUUUUUAUUUUAUUAAAAUAGGCCUAACUAUUUUCACUAUUGACAAAAUAAAUGUAAAACACUAUUG